AUGCUGUUUGAUGGUAUGGUUGGUCAAGAUCAGGACUACAGUUCUACGGUGGCAGACCUUGCCAGUAUCAACGAAAUUCCGGGAAACAUGCCUGCCCCGAAAGACUCAAAGAAACAGACCGACCUGAAUGGUCAAACGGGUGCCAAUGGCAAUAUCCCGCCCCCCAAGACAGAUAAGCCUCGGCCCCACGUCUGCACCACUUGCAGUCGUUCAUUCGCGCGAUUGGAGCACCUCAAGCGCCAUGAGCGAUCGCACACCAAGGAAAAGCCGUUCGAAUGCCCAGACUGCGCACGCUGCUUCGCUCGUCGUGAUCUGCUUCUGCGACACCAGCAGAAGCUGCACAUGACCACUACCCCGUCUUCUCGACCGAGAAACGGUCGCCGUGAAAGCACGGGUGCCGCACCCGGCGCUAACCGCGUUCGCAAGAACUCCAUUGCCAAUAACUCUUCGGCAUCGGUGCGCCCGAGAGCAAACACCAUUAGCCACAUUGACGGGGCCGCGCUAGGUAUCCCGGGUGCUGGUAACCCGUCAUCCGCCCCCCAGUCUGGCCACUCAUAUCACCCUAGCCUUAGUUCUUCAAUUGGCUCAAGCAUGGAUUAUAGGGGAUUCAGCUCUGGACAUCCUCCAGUGAACGGGCUUUCUAAGAUCGAAACCUCAGGACUUCCAAUGGAUAUGUCCGGGUCACUUCGGACUGCUCCGGUGUACGGGAGUUUCGACACGGGUAUAGACGGUAUGCUCAUGGGUCAUGGUAGCACCAUAAACCCAGCACAAUUACAUUUCGCAGGCUCCCCGCAAGGCUUCGGUGACUCCCCCUCGUCUCCCUUUGGCCAUUACCACAAUGGAAUUCCUCCCGCGGUGGACCCCAUGAUGGACGAGGAGAUGAACUUCGACUGGAUGAAUGGGUUUGAUGCGGCGGUGGCAAUGGGCAAUGGCAACGACUCGGUGAUCGACGAGUCUUCGCCAUCAGCAAUGAGUACUGGUAGCCAGAGCGGUAUUAGCGAGGCCAUGCUCGAUGGCCCGAACCGCAUCCCGAUCUCCAAUGGCUGGCACAACCCGUUCCCUGGCCACCACGCCGCCAACCAGUUCGCGAUCGAUUUCUCCCCGACGACGUUGAACGAUUUGGGGAUCCCUCCGGAGACCGUUUCGCCCAAGUCUUUAAUGGCUCAGAAUCCGUUUGCUGAGACGUAUGCCACACCACCAUCGAUGACUUCGGUCGGCCAACCCAUGAUGGGAGGGCAUUCCCAGAGUAUGUUUUCAUCCUCUCUGGCAACAAACGGAGAAUCUCCUAAUCCUCUCAACGUUUCUUUCACGAAUAGUGCCCUACGAAAUCAACAUUCCCCAGUCUCAACGGAUACAUUUACAGAAUCCACACGACAGGCUCUAUUAGCGAGUAUGUCGACCCCCACUGGCUUCAAUCACCGCAAGUAUUCCCAGCCCGCAAGUGGACUUUCAAACAGCCGCGAUCUGUUCGCCCGCUCGACUGGCUUCAACAGCUCCGGUCAACUUCCCAGCACUUCGGACCUGCAGCGAUAUAUUUCGGCCUACAUCACCUACUUUCACCCCCACGUCCCCUUUCUCCAUAUCCCGACCCUCAACUUCCAAGCCCCCGAAUACACGAACAACUUGCGCACCCCCAGCGGACACCUCAACCUCAGUUCUGCAGGCGUGGCCGGCGGUGGCGGCUGCCUGAUCCUCUCUAUGGCCGCCAUCGGCGCCCUGUACGAAUACGACACUGCUGCAUCCAAAGACCUCUUCGAAGCCGCCAAAAAGAUGAUUCAAUUAUAUCUCGAAGAGCGACGCAAAGCCGACAUGUCUGCCGCUCUCAAUCGUUCCCAAUCUUCCCGUGAUAACUCCGUCCACAAUACUCCACUUUGGUUGGUGCAGGCGAUGCUUUUAAAUGUGAUAUAUGGUCACACCUGCGGCGACAAAACCUCUGCAGACAUUGCCAGCACGCACUGUGCAGCCUUGGUCAGCCUAGCUCGCGCAGCCGAACUAACCCAGCAUUUGGACCCCAAGGAUCUACCUCAAGACCACCUCAGCACUGGACUCAACGCGACAAACUCCUCUGGUGACAUUGACGAUUGGAUGUCCUCCUCAUUCAGCCAGCCUAAAGAACGCCGGGACUGGUUGAAUUGGAAGGUUGUGGAAGAGCGGAAACGCACCCUCUACGCAAUAUUCGAUCUUUCCAGUUUCCUUGUCUCAGCAUAUAACCAUGCACCCGCACUUACCAAUUCCGAAAUCCGACUCGAUCUCCCUUGUGAAGAGGACCUAUGGGCAGCCGAAUCACCUCAGGCCUGGAAGAAGAUGGGUGGUCAAACUGCCUCGAAUAAGACUCUGUCGUUCUCGGCCGCUUUGACCUCUCUCCUGACAGCCAGCCAACGAGAACAAAGUCAAUCAUCGAACCUGUUCUACAAUUCUGAUGAUCUGUCUAAUUCGGAAAAUCGUCCCAGUACUUUCGGGUGCUUGGUCCUCAUCUACUCACUGCACAACUAUAUAUGGGAAACCCGCCAAAGACACAUGGGUCGUCAAUGGACUGCGCAAGAGACGGAUGCCAUGCAAGCACAUAUCGAGCCUGCUCUUCGAGCCUGGCAAGCGGCCUGGGCUAGCAAUCCUGUUCACAGCCUCGAGCGACCCAAUCCAUUUGGUGCGGGACCUCUGUCUGCAGACAGUAUUCCCCUGUUGGACCUGGCAUAUGUUCGUCUGUUUGUAAAUCUUGGACGCUGCAAAGAAGCGUUCUGGCAGCGAGAUUGGAACGGCAUGGCAGAUGAGCUUGCGCGUGGAACUGAGAUCUUCCAGCACCAAGACGCCUCAAUAGAUGACGUGGUGGAUCCCUCUCUGACUGGUUCUAUCAAUCAAAGACGGGACUCCAUCGCUGACCUGGGUGUCUCUGAUCUCGCAAUCUCCAAAACGCCUACCCAAGAAGAGCCCAUGCAGACCCUAUCAGACAUGUACAAGACCGGUCAGACGAAACGUGAAAAGCAUCUGCGUAAAGCGGCGUUCUACGCGGCUGAUUCUAUCUCCAUGUCUGAUCGUUUGGGAAAUACUUUUGCAGAGUUCUCAUCUCGAGAGUUACCUAUCCAGUGCGCGAUGUGCGCUUUCGAUUGCGCACAGGUUUUGGCAGAGUGGAUCACGACCGUCCAAGAGCGUGUGGGCCCUUACCUUGGUGUCUUGGGUCGUGACGAUGCAGAUCUAACCGGAGUCCCCGGGGUCAUGCUGCUUGAAGAUGAGGAUUGCAAGCUGGUGGAUAAGAUCAAGGAGAUACUGGGCAGUAUCGAAAACAAGAUGCAAAGCCAAGUGCAACAAAGCAAUUCCAUGUCUGCACUCAGCGUCAUGCAACGGCUCCCCAGUGUUGUGGAAGGUGGAUACGGAUGUAAAAUAUUGAUUGCGACAGCCAGUCUUCUGGAUCGAGCUGCUGUCUGGCCAGUGACGAAACUGAUGGCCCGCUCCCUCGAAGCCCAAGCCAUGCGAAUGAAGGAGCGUACCGAGCACUCCCUUCUGAUGACCUCCUAA